ACUACUUGCGAAAAAAAAAACAAUUUCGCAUCACUAAGGUGACAGCGGCAGCCUCAAACGAAAAAAAGUAUCCUUCUCAGUAUUUAGCGCUGUGAAACGGUGCACAUUGCGGUCUAUAAGUGAUUUAAAGCAAUUUUCAUAUCUAACAAUCAUUAGAACUUCGAUUGCAUUAUGGCCCUCCACUUUGCUCUGCGUUCUUCGUGUCGUAGCUCCGCACCGCUUUUCAACACAAUCAUCAACGGAGGAAAGCUACCGGUGGUGAGCCGCUCGUUGACUUCUGGUCUGCCAAGAUCUCUGCUGCUGGUUACUCCGAAAACCGUCCCAGCACUACUCAAUGGACCGGUCAGACAGUUCACGGCUACCGCAGUUCGACGUUCAGCUGCCGGAAAUCAUGUCGCCAUUUGGAGUGGUGAACGGGCCUUGGCAAUUGGUAUGCUGGGUAUCAUUCCGGUUGCUAUUGCGUUCCCAUCACAGGCCGGAGAUGCUCUGAUGGCCAUUGCCAUGGUGAUGCACCAACACUGGGGUUUGGAAGCCAUUGUCACUGACUACGUCCGUCCGAUUCUGUUUGGAAACCUGGUGCCGAAGCUGGCUCACGGACUGCUGCUAGUAGUUUCUGUGGCCACCCUCGGAGGACUGUUCUACUUCAUUCACAAUGACAUUGGAAUUGCCAACAGCAUCAGAAAAAUCUGGGCCACCCAAACGAAAGCCUGAAUGAGUGGCUGCUAAAUGAAAGUUGAGCGAUUCGGAUCUGACAAACAGGAUGUGAUAAAAUCGCAAAAUUUGCAUAACAGAAAAAAGCUAUUUCUUAUUAAAAUAUAGAGCUAAACUUGAAAGCAUAA